AAUGAUGGUUUAAUGGUUGUGUAACUUUUGUACGUCACUGUUCUGCCCAGAAACCAGUGACGCUGAAGGCAACAGAUUUCGGGGAUUUGAUUGGUCCUGUCUGAUUUCUGAUUCAUUCACAGGAGCAACAGAUGCGUUUUUCCGAACAAUCCGAACAUCCGCACUGGGGUGAAGAUAUUCAGCUAACCAGAGUGUUUUCCUGGAAGAAGGAACAUUUAAAUGAACCCCACUAAUUCUCCAGUUUAGUGGAAAUGCGGGUCUUAUUCCUCUGUACAGUCUUUUUUACUUAUGGAUUUGCCGAAAAACACUCACUGCAGUACCUCUACAUCGCAGUCCAAAAAGGAAACAAUUCCCCAAACAUCUCCCAAACUGUGUUCAGUGCUGCUGUUCUGCUGGAUGGAGAGCAGGUUAUGUCCUACAACAGCAGUGAGCGGAUACUAAUCCCUAAAGCCUGGAUAAAGGAGACGGAGACUGAAGAUUUCUGGAGUAGCGAGACACAGGAAAUGCAGGGCUAUCAUGAUGAAUUUACCAAGAAAUUCCAUAUGGUUUUGAAACUGUUUCAUAUCCAUACAGGAGUUCAUACUCUACAGAGGAUAUACGGCUGUGAGGAUGAGAACAACGGCAUUGUUAGAAGAUACGAUGAGUACGGUUAUGAUGGACAAGAUAUCGUCAGUCUAAACCUGGACAGCAAAAGCUGGUCUGCAGCUAAUGGAUCUAAGACCAUUAAAGGAAUUUGGAAGACUAAAGAAGCUCAAUUCUGGAUGAGCCAGUUGGAGACUGUGUGUACAGACUGGUUUGGGAAAUUCUACAGCAAACAGAGGAAAUUUGGUCCCAAGGCAUCACUGUUCCAGAAACACUCGCCUUCUCCAGAGGUGGUGUGUCAUGCUACAGGUUUCUUCCCCAAAACAAUGAAUAUCACCUGGCAGAAGGACGGCGAGGACGUACACGAAAAUGUGGAGCUCAGUGAGACGUUACCCAACGAAGAUGGAAGCUUCCAAAAGAGGAGCAUUCUGAAAGUCUCAGCUGAGGAGCUGCAGGAACACACCUACACCUGUGUGAUUGAGCACAGCAGCUUGGAGAAGGAGAUGGUGCUCGAAGUACCAAAAGGUGGAGGACUGAUGGGGAUCAUCGUUGGUGUAGUCGUGGCUCUCGUUGUUCUCGUUGCUGUUGUUGCUGGAAUUGUGGUCUGGAAGAAGAAGAACUCUGGAUUUAAAUCUGUUCCAUCCAGAGCCUCCUCUGAAGGAGAUUCUUCCUCCAAUAAUGAGGACCCUGUUAUGAUUAACAGGUGCAGGACGAAUUGGUAUCAUUUGUCCAGUCUUGUUGGAUUUGCUGCUAUCUGGAAGAAAAGGAACUCAGUACCACAGAUGCCAAGGGAGCGGACCUAAUGAGCGCACACACAUUAUUCCAAUGUUGACUGCCUUUUUCCCGAUUCUUCCCUCAGCAUUACGGAUUUAUGCUCUGCUCUUGCUCCGGUUCCUGGCUCAGGUUUGCUCGCGUCAACGCGUUCCGGUUCCCGACUCGGCUUUGCUCGCACUCAGUGUGCUCAGGUUCCUGGCUCAGCUUUCCAUGAUUUUACAUAUUGUAUUAAGCAAUAACACUUAGGUACCCUGGUGGUCUAGUGGUUAAGAUGCAGCGCUCUCACCGCUGCGACCCGGGUUCGGUCCCCGGUCAAGGAACCAUCCUCAGCCACUCUCAGUGCCGGUCCCAAGCCUGGAUAAAUUGGGGAGGGUUGCGUUAGGAAGGGCAUCCAGCGAAGAACAUGUACCAAAUCAAAAGUGCGGAAGAUCCACUGUGGCGACCCCUCCCCUAAUAGGAGAAGCAGAAAGAAAGUUUUAUUAAGCGAUAACACUAUGCAAUGCUGCAAAAAUAUAUAAUAUAUAAAUCAGAGUGAAAAAAAAUGUGCAUCUGGGAAAAUGUUGCUCUUUCCUACUUGGGGUUUAAUACACAAAUUUAAAACUAACUAUAUUUACUAUAUAAUGGUAAAGUUUACAGCAAAUAAAAGAGUAUAAGAUUACAUGAGAGUAUAGAUAAUAUAUGUCAGGAAUCCACCUGCCACGCCCCCUUUGGCGACUGUCAUGCCUCCGUUCCUCUGAAGCUCCCGGCUUCAAUUGUACACACCUGGGGCUCAUUUAUCACUCAUCCCCGGCUCCUACAUAAACCCCUCACUCACACUCACUCCUGGUCCGUUAUUGUUUGUAUGUGUACGUGUUGGUCUAUGCGUUGGAAGGAACGCAUAGGGAUCUAUGCGUUCCUUCUGUUCCGGACUCUACAUUCUCUCUGCGGUCGCGCUUUCUCCCAAAGCGCACCCCGGAUUACCCCUUUUCCUCCCGUGCAUUCGUUCCUGGAUUGUGUGGACCUCUCCUCUCCAGGGCAUACCACUGAUAUCUCUCUCUUGGUCUGGGUUUCUAUGGACUUGCCUCCGAUCAUAGCUGCAUGACAGAAUAACAGACCAAAGAAAGAACAUGAUCGGAUCACCACCAUGGGUACUACGUGAUCGGGUCUAUAAUGGCAAGACCGGCUGAUGCAAGGGGAGAAGCGGCUUAUAUCUGGAUCUGUAUUCAUUCUCUUACCUCACUGAAAGAGCCAAGAUUGCACUACACAUCUCUCUACUGUCUGGGGACUCACUCUCACUCAAGCGCUCCGCUAUAGAGUUUCCAGGACAUUACCGCUUGACUGCAAAGAGGACUUUGUACCGCCGUCUAGCCGCGAAAGGGACGUCGUACCGCAGCCAGACUGUGAGAAGGCGGUCGUACCACCACUGGGCAUGACAGUACCGAGCUCCUCUGACGGCAACGUAUCGCCUCUGAGUCCCUCUCAAGGCAACGUCACGCUACCGAGCUCCUCCAAGGGCGAUAUCUCGCUCCUGAGCUCCUCUGACGGCAAUGUAUCGCCUCCGAGUCCCUCGCAAGACAACGUCACGCAACCGAGCUCCACCCAAGGCGACGUCUUGCUUUCAGGUUCCCCAGAAGGCGAUGUCUCGCCCUUGAGCUCCUAGGAAGAUCAUAUCACGCCUAUGAGGGCGUCGCUCGGUCUCUGGACUCCACCAAGGACGUCUUCCGGCGUCGCCUCGGUGGAGUUCAGUCAGUGACCAAGGACCAAGGACGUCCAGGGCGUACCACGAAUAUCUCUCUCUCGGUCUCUGUGUGUGUGUGUUUGUGUAAUUCUCUCUUCUUCAUUAAACAUACAUAUCUCUACUCCGGUUUCUGCCUCCGUUCAUCGCUGCAUGACAAUAUAACUGUAUUUCAAAUGUUUAUAAUGUAGUGCUGUUAUUACCUAUUAUAAAUCCAAAAAACUCGAACAAGCUAUUCGGCGUGAGUACAGGCACUGCUGCGUCUUUGUGUUCACUGAGACGUGGCUGAGCGACAGAGUUCCGGACGCACUAUAAAGCACUUGACGGUCUUGCACUGCAGUAUUUGAGUGAACUUUUGUACCAAUAUAAUCCUCCAUGCCUACUUAGAUCAAACAAAACCUACCUUGAAAACUACAGUAGGGGGCAGAUGUUUCUCUUAUAAAUCCAACAGUUAUGGAACAACCUUCCAAUCAGUGUUUGGGUCUCAGUGUUCAAGUCGAGGUUGAAAACGUAUUUAUUUAGUGGAGUCUUUAGUCAGUAGGUG